CUUAGUUAGGCUUAGCCCCAUCAUCCCUAUCUUCUUCAUUCAUCAUUCAUCUUUUUAAUGCAAAUCUUCAAUUCAUCUCAAUUUCAUUUCUUUCUUUUAAACUGAUUUUGUUCAAAUAAAAAAAAAUUGAAAUUUUAAUAUUUUACUUCAUCUGGGUUGAAGAAUUGUUGGUUUUUGGAAAAAAAAGAAAAAUUCUUGACUUUCUGAGGAAAAUUUGAAGUGGGUUUUGGUUGAAUCGAGGUGGAUCAACUUUUUCUCCUCAGCUAUAGGAGAAGAAGAAGAAGCUUGAAAAGGUAUUUGUGGCUGCAACAUAUUACUCAAUUAUAUGAGCUUUGGUAGAGUGCAAUAUGAUAGAGACCAAGUGUAGCCGAAUUGAGUGAAUGCUGUAUUCAGAUUCGGUAUUACACAAAGCACAUCAUUAAAAGUGGAAGAGGGUGUUAUUACUUUAAAUUUGAUUAAAGUGUAUCGAAAUGGGGGUUCAGUGCUCCAGCUUGGUACCAUGUUGUGUGAAUUCACAAGUUAAAACAUCUGAUCUUGAAGUUCUGAAUGAUGAAAGUGAGGAUAGAAAUGAGGCUAAUAAUGGGCCUGUGUUUCGUGAAUUUACAUUGGGGCAACUUAAUAAUGCAACGUCUGGUUUUAAUAUUGAGAAUAUAGUUUCUGAGCAUGGUGAAAAGGCUCCAAACGUUGUUUAUAAAGGGAAGAUGGAGAAUCAAACGAGAAUUGUUGUUAAGAGGUUUAAUAAAAGUGCUUGGCCCGAUGCCCGGCAGUUUUUGGAGGAAGCUAGAUCAGUUGGUCAGCUUCAUAACGAAAGAUUGGCAAAUUUACUGGGUUGUUGUUGUGAAGGUGACGAGAGGUUGCUCGUGGCCGAAUAUAUGCCCAAUGAAACACUUGCAAAACACCUUUUCCAUUGGGAUGCCCAUCCGAUGAAAUGGGCAAUGCGACUCAGAGUUGUUCUUCAUCUUGCAGAAGCUCUAGAGUACUGCACAAGCAAUGGCCGCACCCUCUAUCACGACCUUAAUGCAUAUAGAGUUCUAUUUGACGAAGAUGGUAAUCCCAGGCUUUCAAGUUUUGGCCUUAUGAAGAAUAGUAGGGAUGGAAAAAGUUAUAGCACAAAUUUGGCAUUCACCCCUCCGGAGUAUCUCAGAACUGGGAGAGUAACUCCAGAAAGUGUAAUAUAUAGCUUUGGUACUCUUUUGCUCGACCUUCUUAGUGGGAAGCAUAUCCCUCCAAGUCAUGCCCUUGAUUUGAUUCGCGAUAGAAAUCUUCAGAUGCUAACAGAUUCUUGUCUGGAAGGACAAUUUUCUGAUGAUGAUGGAACUGAGUUGGUGCGCCUUGCAUCUCGUUGUUUACAGUAUGAACCUAGAGAGCGACCUAAUACAAAGUCAUUAGUGGCUGCUUUGGCUCCUCUUCAAAAAGAAACAGAGGUUCCUUCCCACUCGUUGAUGGGUAUCCAACAUAGUGCUACUAUUGUUGCUUCACUGACUCCUCUUGGCGACGCAUGUUCAAGAAAGGACUUGACUGCUAUACAUGAAGUUCUCGAAAGUAUUGGCUAUAAAGAUGAUGAAGGCGUAGAGUUAUCUUUCCAAAUGUGGACGGAUCAAAUGCAGGACUCAAUAACUAGUAAGCAAAAAGGAGACGCAGCUUUCCGACACAAAGACUUCAAACUUGCAAUAGAGUGCUACACUCAGUUCAUUGAUGUUGGAACAAUGGUUUCUCCAACUGUCCAUGCACGUCGCAGCCUGUGUUAUCUCAUUAACAACCAACCUCAGGAAGCUAUGAACGACGCAAUGCAAGCACAAGUAAUUUCCCCUCUAUGGCACAUUGCAUCAUAUCUUCAAUCUGUUUCUUUGGCCGGACUCGGAAUGGCGAACGAAUCUCAAGUUGCACUUUCCGAAGGAACAACACUGGAAGUCAAGCGAAAUGCACAUAUGGGAAAAAAGUGAAGUGUUUGUACAAAGUUUAUUGCCGAUCGUAUUUUCUGCAUCUUGACACGUAUCACCCUACUGCAUUGUUGUCGGUUACAAAUUUCAUCACGUGUCUGAAUUUUUUUUGAAGG